AUAAGGGGUGUGGAAACAUUUGAUCUACACAUAUCACAGAGGGCCUGUUUAACCGAACACACAGUCACAUACAAGGGAGAGGCAGCCAGCCACAGGUAAACAGAAACUGUUCAAAACACCUUCAAGAUGUCAGGCAUUGCAACCAAAAUUCAGCAUUUCAGAGAGAAAUCGCAGGGAAUUGGAUGCAACUCUCACACACGGAAAUACCUGAACCAAGACUUUGAGGAGCUGAGGAGAAGCUGUCUGGAGAGAGGACAGUUGUUUCAGGAUGACUGCUUCGAAGCUCUGCCUUCAUCCUUAGGCUUCAAUGAGCUCGGACCAAACUCCUACAAAGUGCGGGGAGUCACCUGGACGAGGCCCACUGAGUUGUGCCAAAACCCAAAAUUCAUCUCUAAAGAUGCCACAAGGACUGAUAUUUGUCAGGGAGCACUAGGUGACUGCUGGCUCCUGGCAGCUAUUGCCUCUCUAACUCUCAACAAGCAGGUUUUGUCCCGUGUUGUGCCCCAUGACCAAAGCUUUACUGAAAACUAUGCUGGAAUUUUCCACUUCCAGUUCUGGCAGUUUGGUGACUGGAUAGAUGUGGUUGUUGAUGAUCGCUUGCCCACCAGAGAUGGAGAACUCCUGUUUGUUCACUCAGCGGAGGGCUCUGAGUUUUGGAGCGCCUUGCUGGAGAAAGCCUACGCUAAAAUAAAUGGAUGCUAUGAGGCUCUCUCUGGAGGCAGCACCAUUGAGGGCUUUGAAGACUUCACUGGGGGCAUCGCAGAGCGACAUGAACUGGCGAGACCAGAUCCACGUCUCUUCAAAAUAAUCCAAAAGGCCUUGAAUAGAGGCUCCCUUUUGGGAUGCUCCAUUGAUGUUCGUCUGAGUUCGUCUAUCAGAACUAUGUUUGCUAUCUUUGAGGUACUUGUUUCACAUUAUCUUUUUUUGUUGCAGAUCACUAGUGCAGCUGAUUCUGAGGCGAUCACACAUCACAAGCUGGUGAAGGGGCACGCUUACUCCAUCACAGGAGCUGAACAGGUGGAGUAUCAAGGAGAAAUGGUGCAGCUGAUCAGGAUCAGAAACCCAUGGGGUCAAGUGGAGUGGACGGGCGCAUGGAGUGACAACUCUUAUGAAUGGAAAUCUGUGAGCAGUGAGGAUCAGGAGCGACUGACCAACCGAUCUGAGGAUGGAGAAUUCUGGAUGUCCUUUUCCGACUUCCUUCGUGAGUAUUCCCGGCUUGAGAUCUGCAACCUUACCCCGGACACUCUGACAGAUGACGAAUACCAGAAAUGGGCAGAGACAGAGUUUGAGGAGACAUGGAAGAGAGGUGUGUCAGCUGGCGGCUGCAGGAACUAUCCAGACACCUUCUGGACAAAUCCUCAGUUUGUGAUAAAGCUGGACGAGGUGGACGACGACCCUGAUGACGGUGAGGAGGGAUGCACGGUCAUUGUGGGCCUGAUGCAGAAAAACAAGCGCAGUAGGAGGAAAAUGGGAGAAGACAUGGAGACUAUUGGAUUUGCAAUUUAUGAUCUUCCCGAGGAGUACUCUGGUAAGACCCAGGUGCACCUGAAGAAAGAUUUCUUCCUGUACAACCGUUCAGCAGCACGCUCCGAGACCUUCAUCAACCUGAGGGAGCUGUGCAACCGCUUCUGUCUUCCCCCUGGAGAGUAUCUCAUUGUUCCCUCCACCUUUGAGCCCAACAAAAACGGGGACUUCUAUGUGCGGGUGUUCUCUGAGAAACAAGCAAAUGUCCAAGAGAUUGAUGAUCCAGUAGAAAGCCAUGUGGAGAAGAUUGAUAUUGAUGAAGACGACAUCAGUGACAGAUUCAAGAGGCUUUUUGGACAGCUUGCAGGAGAGGAUGUGGAAAUUUCUGCAUUCGAGCUGCAAAGAGUCCUCAACAGGGUGGUGGCAAAGAGAGACGACAUCCAAACCAAUGGGUUUAGUCUUGCAACUUGUCACAAUAUGAUUAACCUGCUGGAUAAAGAUGGAACUGGCAAGCUGGGCCUGGUAGAGUUUAAGAUCCUGUGGACAAAGAUUGAGAAAUUUCUGGAUCUGUUCAGAUCAAAAGAUGUAGAUCAAAGUGGGUACAUGAGCUCCUCCGAGAUGCGGGUAGCCGUCGAGGAGGCGGGUUUCUCUCUGAACAACUCUCUCCAUCAGAUCAUUGUGGCUCGCUACAGUGAAGCAAAUCUCACCAUUGACUUUGACAACUUUGUGGGCUGCCUGAUUCGUUUGGAGACACUUUUCAGCACUUUUGAAGGGCUGGACAAAGAUGGUUCUGGUACCAUCGAGCUGAACUUCAUGGAGUGGCUGACUGUGACGAUGUUGUAACAGAGCUGCGAGCAAACAGAAGAACCAAGAUGUUUUGUAGAUCUGCAUAAACAAAACUGCUUAAACUUCAACUCUGAAACUUUGUUUGUUUUUCGCUAACUGCA